UCAAACUCGGAGACCACACGAGGAAGGGCUUAGCAGUCCGAGGAGGAGGAAGAAGCAACGCGAGUCAAUCGACCGACCAUUCCAAUCAUGUUUCCCGGAAUGUUCAUGAAGAAGCCGGACAAGGCGGAGGCCUUGAAGCAGCUGAGGGCGCAUGUGGCCAUGUUCAGCGUUUGGGUCGCUGUGGUCCGGGUCGCGCCUUACAUCCUCCACUACUUCUCCGACGAGAAGGAGGAGCUCAAGCUCGAGUUCUAGAUGAUCCCUUUCUCUGCGUAGAAUUUAGGUAAUCGAUGAGUUACUGUGGAUCAUUGUUCUUUGACGAUAGUGCUUUUGGGAUUCGUUUCUUUAUGAUCCGGUUCUGUUUGGCGUUUGUUUUCGCUGGAUUCCCAGUACAUGGUCUUUAGUAAAUCGAAAUGAUGGAUCACAGGGGCAACCCAAGCUUUCCUCUCAUGUCUGCGUUCGAUUUCUCGUGCAUCAUCAACGCGGCCCUUGUACUUGAACAACCAAGGAUUAGAUUUUACCUUGUUUUCUAGUUUCUCGGUACCCA